AUGAAGGGUAAAGUACCGUAUCCAAUCCAGCGCCCAGAGCAGAUGGCCAAUGAUGUACAUGGCAGGUUCGGACGCUUGUAUCGCGGGAUUGCGGUUCCAAUCCUGAUGGAAACGCCCAAAAGAGCCGUCAAAUUCUCCUCCAACGACAUCUUCACCAGGCAGUACCUGCGAUGGCUUGGGGUCCCGAAGGUGGAUCAGACCGUGGCGCUGCUUGCCGGCUCGAGUGCCGGUGCGGUCGAGGCAGUCGUGGUCACGCCGUUCGAGCUUGUCAAGGUCCGGCUACAGGACCCCGCUGCCGCGAGUCGAUACCAGUCUGUGACCCAGUGUCUGGCGCAGAUCGUCAAGACCGAGGGACUGCUCGUGCUGUACCAGGGCUUCGAGGUGACCUUGUGGCGCCACGUGGUCUGGAACGCCGGGUAUUUUGGCAGCAUCUUCAAAGUCAAGGCGGCACUACCCACGCCCACGACGGACUUGGAACAGGCAAUGACCAACUUCCUCACCGGUUCGAUCGGAGGGAGUCUGGGCACGCUGCUCAACACGCCACUGGACGUGGUCAAGACGAGAAUCCAGGCAGCCACGAGAGCGAAGGGCAUGACGGUGACGGCCAAGUAUAAUUGGGCGUUUCCGGCUUUGGUCACCGUGGCGCGAGAGGAGGGCAUUCGGGGUCUGUACAAAGGUCUCACGGCAAAACUGCUCCGGUUCUGUCCGGGAGGGGGGAUCUUGCUGGUCGCGCACAGCCAGAUCUUGAAGUUGUUUGAGGCUUCCAAUAAUGCAAAGCUGGCGAAGCAGGAUUUGUAA